AUGGCUUCAAUCAAUAUAGUUCUUGGUGCAAUUUUCAUUGCUUCCUUCUACUUAUCUGGCUCCCUUGCCUUCCCUCCUGGUCACCAUGAGGGAGCCCAUCCAAUUGGAAAUGGCCCAAUCUCAGGUCUUUCUACAGAUUACUACAAGUUCACAUGCCCACAAGCUGAUGAGAUUGUGGUGCCCAUACUAAAGAAGGCUAUCGCAAAGGAACCACGGAUAGCUGCUUCCCUUCUCAGGCUCCUGUUUCAUGACUGCUUUGUUCAGGGAUGUGAUGCAUCAGUUCUUUUGGAUGACACUGAGGAAGUUGUAAGUGAGAAAAACGCUAUUCCCAAUAAGAAUUCUAUUAGGGGAUUUGAGGUUAUAGACGAGAUCAAAGCUGCACUUGAGGAAGCAUGUCCGAAUACAGUGUCUUGUGCUGACACUAUCGCCCUAGCAGCCAGAGGUUCAACAGUACUGAGUGGUGGACCAUAUUGGGAACUUCCAUUAGGAAGGAGGGACUCAAAGACAGCAAACAUGAAGCUAGCAAACAAGAACCUUCCUCCACCAAAUGCAACACUACACCGUCUUAUCAAGUUCUUCCAAAGGCAAGGACUGGACAAGGUGGACCUUGUUGCACUAUCAGGAAGCCACACCAUUGGAAAGGCCAGAUGUGUGAGUUUCAAACAACGGCUCUACAAUCAGCACAGAGAUAACAGACCAGAAAACACGCUAGAAAAAAGUUUCUAUCACACAUUGGCAUUGGCGUGCCCACGCACUGGUGGUGAUGACAACAUAAGGUCACUAGAUUUUGUCAGCCCUUCACAAUUUGACAAUAGCUAUUAUAAGCUGAUAUUGGAGGGAAAAGGGCUCCUUAAUUCAGAUGAAGUUUUGUGGACAGGAAAAGACCCCGAAAUAGCAGGUCUAGUUAAAAGUUAUGCAGAAAACAAGCCACUAUUCUUUGAACAUUAUGUGAAUUCAAUAAUCAAAAUGGGGAACAUAAAUCCCCUCAUGGGUUACAAUGGAGAAAUCCGCAAGAACUGCCAUAGGGUUAAUCAGGAGAUCUAG